AUGGCUUCUAAAAGUCACAGACCUCAAUGGGACCGAUGGCUCAAGUUGUACGACAAAGUAAACUCGAGGAGUCCCUUGGAACUUCUCCUCCGCCGUCUGGAGGGCGACGAUCUCAAAAACUUCGUUGGAAAAAUUAUCAACGCCCUUCAUAGGGCCUCUAAGAAGAAAAGUUCGUGUACUGACGAUAACGACGCGCGCGCGUUGACAUUUAAAAGUGGAACGGAGAAGAAGAGAUGGAGUGAACUGUACAAGCAUGUUGGCGCCAAAGAGCACUUGGAGGCCAUUCCUGACGAAGAGCGCAAGGGGGACGCUCAGAAGCCGGUUCAUAAUCUUACCUCGGCAUUUCAGAAAAUGGUAAAUGAGAUGAUGCUUUCCGUCAUGAAGGGUACUUGGGAGCUAUUACAGAAUGCAUACCCAACUGAAGACGGAGUCAAGGCGGAUAUUGACCUACUAGUAUUGGGCAAGUACCUUGGGGCUCUGCAACAUGAGUCUUGGCAGCCAACUGCGGCUCAAGUGAGAGAAAAUUACGGCUUGGCCUCAGCUCUCUCCGACAGCGGGCUCGCAUUCUUGUUACAGUUUUAUGCCGCCAGUCUAGGUGAGAGCCUUGACAGCCGCUGUUUAGAGAGUAGGGAAACCAUGCUCACUGCAUAUGAACCUUUGAUACAACCAUACGUGCAGAAAAUCAAUCCCUGGCUGGCUCGAAAUGGAUUUCGAAUAGAAGCUGGUUCAGAGUAUCAGUUCGGGAGCGGAGCCGGUGGAAACAGACCCGCAACAGACACGGCAGAAGAAAAAGCUGGCGGCUCCAGAAAGCCGUCCAUCGCCUCCCGACAUCACGACGACAGCAAAUCGUUAACCACUCCAGUCCCUGAGAGUCCCUUGAAGGGGUCAGUGACAAAAGCAACUACCACAGACUCCAACAACUCCGACCCCCCAGACCAGUGGAAAGAAACAAGGGACUUUGUGGAGCUUCUUAAGAAAUCGUUGGCCGAGCAUGGCGUACGCCACGACCAACAAAACACUCCGCCUCCCGAUUGCUCGACCUUGGGACAAAAUGUAGCUGUAUCCUCUACUGGUGGGCCAGCGGGACCGCGACCACUUGAGGGUGAUGCAUCUAAAUCGCAGGCUUUGUUGUCGGGCGAGAAUAUAAGCUGCCUAAUAGGGGACCAGUUUACUGAUGACGACCUCGCCAAUAGAAAAUGGGCGCCUAGCCAACAUGACAUUAACAGACUAGGAGGUGUAGUCUCAAACUUGGAUGAGGACGCGCUUAUAGAGGUUGUACAAUUCGCCGUCACCUGCGCCGUGGAAAAGACGGAUAUUCUCAAAGCACUCCAGCCCCUGCUCCCAACGUUUUUGCAGUAUAUGCACUAUGUGGCACGAAGAGCCCUAUUACCGCACGGUUUCGAAGCACUGUGUAAUGCGGGCGUACCUCUCCGGGAGUUAGAAGACAUACUUUCACUGCAGGAUACAGGUAUAUUGAGGACAGCCAUGGAAGAGCGCUUUCACGUUAGGAAUAUACUUGAUGCCUGCUCAUUGCCAAACAGGGAUGAUGUUGAGAAUUAUUCCAGCUGGUUUUCUAAUCUCAACAGCGGCCAAAAGGAAAAGGAGCUGCGAAUAUCUAUGAGGCUGUGCAAUAAACCCGACAAACCUGACAGCCGGUUUCGCAGGAACCCCGAGCUUUUGAUAGCACCCACCCUGGAGCAGUAUCAUAUACACGCCCAUAAAGCGUUAUUGGAGAUAAUGGAGAGUAGACCACAGUCCAAAGCCGAGGCUGUUAGGGGCGAAGACGGCUGCUCUCCCAAAACACGUAAAACGGCCAGCAGAAGUGUGGGUGCGGCAAAUGGGAAGGAAGAAUUGAUUGAAAUGUCUAAUGCUGAAAUGGACGAGGAGGUAACCGAACAGACCACGGCAGUCGACGACGAGCUCCAAAGAGGCCCCAGGCCUUCUACACGGACGGGAGCGAAGGACCCAAUUAAUACAAUUGGUUCUGUUGACGCUGGUAUGAUUGAGGCUGGGUCGCCGACCAAAGCAGUGGACAAAGUGGACAACGAUAAAGUUGACCCUAACCGCAAAUUGACACCUGCUGAGAUAAAUUAUUUCAAAGAACAGACUGGAAUUUCCCGCUGUCACGCACGGGACAUUAUAAAGGUUUUAAGAACUCUAGAAGCUUCUGAGACAAAUUACGAUGGAUGGCCAAGGGCAAGAUUAUUCGAUGCAUGGAAGUCAAGGAAAGAACUUGUAGUAUAA